GGGGUAUGCGAGUGCCCCGUGUCCCGCCACCCCUCGGCCCCGUCCGCCCGUGACAGCCGUGUGGGGAACGCGCUCUCCGCUCCCCUCCUCCGGCGAGCUCCCCUGGCCGGGCCGGGGCGUGUGCAGGGGUUCCGCUGUCCCCGCAGCGAGCCCGUAGCAGCAGCAGCAGUGUGGGAAGUGAUUGUGCCCCAGAGCUCGGCACUGGCGAGGCCACGCCUCGGGUGCCCUGUCCUGUUCUGGGCGCUCGCUGCAGGAAAGACAUGCAGGCACUGGAGCGUGUCCGGAGAAGGGCAGCGGAGCUGCUAAAGGGUGUGGAGCACAAGUCCUUUAAGCCUCAGUGUCUGAGGGAGCUGACGGAGUUUAGCCUGAAGUAAAGGAGGCUUUGGGGAGACCUUAUUGCUCUCCACAGCUCUCUGACAGGAGCCAGAAGAUCUUCAUGUAAUUGGCUGAAAAAUGGUUCUGCAAGAUGACAGCACCAACUCUUAGACAGCUGGAAUGGAGACUAUGUCACUUUGACAUGAAGCGUGAAGUUUGUUAGUCACCACUUUUGUUUCUUUUUUACAGUUAUUGUGGAAGGUUCCAAAUGGUGUGGGUUUUUAUCAUGAACCGGAUGAGCUCCCAGAGCAGUUCAUCUGCUCAGCGCAGGCGAAUGGCUCUAGGAAUCGUCAUUCUCCUCCUGGUUGACGUGAUCUGGGUGGCCUCUUCAGAGCUCACUUCUUAUGUUUUUACAAGGUACAACAAACCCUUUUUCAGUACAUUUGCAAAAACAUCCAUGUUUGUUCUAUACCUCUUGGGAUUUAUUGUGUGGAAGCCAUGGAGGCAACAGUGUACUCGUGGGUUUCGUGGAAGGCAUGCAGCUUUUUUUGCAGAUGCUGAAGGUUAUUUUGCUGCUUGUACAACAGAUACCACUGUGAACAGUUCUCUGAGUGAACCUUUAUAUGUUCCUGUAAAGUUUCAUGAUUUGCCAACUGAAAAAAAUGGCAGUAAUAGUAGUGAUGCAGAGAAAACACCCAAAAAGCCUCGUGUGAGGUUCAGUAACAUCAUGGAGAUCCGGCAGCUCCCAUCAAGCCAUGCUUUGGAGGCAAAGCUGUCUCGCAUGUCUUACCCAACAGUGAAGGAGCAGGAAUCAAUCUUAAAAACUGUAGGAAAACUCACUGCAAGCCAAGUAGCAAAAAUCAGCUUUUUCUUUUGCUUUGUGUGGUUCUUGGCAAAUUUCUCAUACCAAGAAGCUCUGUCAGAUACCCAAGUUGCCAUAGUUAAUAUCUUGUCAUCAACCUCUGGGCUUUUUACAUUAAUCUUAGCUGCAGUCUUUCCCAGUAACAGUGGAGAUCGGUUUACCCUGUCCAAAUUAUUAGCUGUUAUUUUAAGCAUUGGUGGUGUGGUACUUGUUAACCUUUCUGGAUCUGAAAAAUCUGCUGGAAAAGAUACAAUAGGUUCCCUUUGGUCUCUUGUAGGAGCAAUGUUGUAUGCUGUCUACAUAGUCAUGAUAAAAAGGAAAGUAGAUAGAGAAGAUAAACUUGACAUACCAAUGUUCUUUGGUUUUGUAGGACUGUUUAAUCUGUUGCUGCUGUGGCCAGGGUUCUUCUUGCUUCACUAUACUGGGUUUGAAGCAUUUGAGUUUCCCAAUAAACUGAUAUGGAUGUGCAUUGUCAUAAAUGGCCUUAUUGGAACAGUUUUGUCAGAGUUCCUCUGGCUGUGGGGCUGCUUUCUUACCUCAUCACUGAUAGGCACACUUGCCCUGAGCCUUACAAUACCUCUGUCCAUAAUAGCUGACAUGUGCAUGCAAAAGGUGCAGUUUUCCUGGUUAUUUUUUGCAGGAGCACUACCUGUAUUUUUUUCAUUUUUCAUUGCAACUCUCUUGUGUCACUAUAACAACUGGGAUCCAGUGAUGGUGGGAAUCAGAAGAAUUUUUGCCUUUAUUUGUAGAAAACAUCGAAUUCAGAGAAUGCCAGAAGAAAGUGAGCAGUGUGAAAGCCUCAUCCCUAUGCAUAGUGUUUCACAGGAUGGAGACAGCUGCUGUUCAUAGACACAAGUUUAAAAAUGGAAUGAUGCCCAGCGAAGAGACAAUCUUCUGGAAAAUCCCUAAGGAGUCGUGUUUCAGUGCCUAUUCUGAAUUUGUAGUAAAAAUAAGAAGUUUCAGUUCUUUUGAAACUCUAAACUUUUUUUCUUUCUUGCUUUCAUCUGAUUUUAUAAAUGAAGAGAUUUACUAUAUGCCUGUCACCAUGGGGAAUCUUAGUCCAUCUGAGCAACCAACCUGCCUUAUAACACUUGAGCUGGUGACAUUACUUGACAAAAUCAAGAAAGCAAAUGCUGUUAAGUGAUUUCUUUCUUUUUUAAGUCACAAUUUUGUUAAAUGCUGGACAAUAUUAUUUUUUAAAGAUACUUUAAAGUGAGUUAUGUAAAUAAGUUUGCAGGUCAUCAAGUCUUACAGGCUUUCAGAUGAAAAGCUAAAUAGAUAUGUUACCUGUAGUAGGUACAAAUUAAAUUUUUUAUGUUGUAUAAACUAUUUGCAUAUUAAUAGAUGAAAAUAGAAAGAUAAUUUAUUAAGUGCAUUCUUAUAAUUACUGAGGCAGGAUCUUUGUACGGUCCUGGAACACUACAUAUGUAAUGUCUUAGGCCAUUUGGAGUAGCCUUGUAAUGCCAAUGGGUGCUGAUGUUUAAAAAUCAAAAAAACUUGCCCAACAAUCAAGACUGCUUAAAAUUUCAGUGAAUGGUAAAAUAUUUCUAAUUACAAUACAUUUGGGUAUCCAUUCUUAUACAUGUUUUAAAACAGACUGGUUCUGUAACCCAUUCUCAAUCCCAACUGUCUCUUAGAUGUGACUGUUUUCAGGUGUAGCUACCACACUGUGAAAGAGAUCAAAUUAUGAAAGUUUUCAGUCAGUGGGCUGGCACUACACCAAUCUGCUAAGCAAUAUAAAAAGGAAAGGUGUUUGCAUUGAUUUCUCUUCCCCCCCAGCUGUAUUAAUAAAUUUAUUCUAAAACUGAUAAUUAUCUUCCUUCCACUGCAGUAUUUUAUCCUUUUUAAUCCAGAGAAGCUAUUAUAAUUAUAUUCAGGAAUAUUUGAAAUUAGUCAAUGCCAUUUUCCAGCUCCUGGCCUAUAAGACACUUAGAUCAAAGUUAAUUUUGGCUUUUGAUGGAUUUUAUUUUUUUAUAAUGAAUGUAAGAUGGAUUUUUAGCCAGGAGUAUUUUCUUCCACAUAACGAGGUUAUUAAUAAUGCAGGGUAUUUCUACUGUUCCUCCACACAAAUACAGAAGGAUGACAUAGCAGAAAUGCCUGUUCAUGUUUUGGCACUCAGUAAUGAUCCUUCCAAAAGCAAUUCUGGUCUUUUGGUAAUAAAACUGUUAUUUGAGAGGGAAUAUAGAAAAGCAACUUGCUUAAGCUCUAUAUUUAUAGGAGAAUUUGAGCCAGCAGCUGGAAUUUAAGAACUGUGUGUAGAGAAGGAAGACAAAAUGAACCAGGGGCUAUUCUGUUCAAAUAUUUAACCUUUAUCAAAUUUUUCCUUCCUGUUUUUAAUACUGGAUUGCACUACAAACUUUGGUGAUCUGAGGCAUCUCUUUAAGAUGAAAUAGUAAGUCCUUGGACACUAAAAUAAGAAUUAAGAAAACUCCAAAAUCAACCACAAGAAAAUCACAAACCCAAAAGAGACAAGAAAGCCAAUUAAACUUCACAAUUAAAUUUUCAAAUCCCACAAGUAGAGGGGUCGAAAAUGCAGUAUUUUGAACUAAUUUUAUUUUGGUAGAAUUUUCAAGCAUUUUUUGAGCAGUGAAAUUUCCUUACGUUUUGGAUUUGUCCUUUAAAAUUAUGACAAAUUUAGAGAAUUAUUAAAUUUAGAGGGUGUUUGCUUAUAACUUCUUUUCAAGAAGUAUUGUUAAUGCCUACUCACAAUAAAAAAAAGUCUCUUUUCAGUUAAUGAAAUGUUUCAAUGAGAUCUUGCAGAAUAUUUGAUACCAGGCAUUAACUCCAAAUUUGAAUCAGCUGGAACUUGUGGCAUCAGUGCAUUAAGCCUGGGCAAACUGAGUUUGCUUUCAGAUGAGCAAUGACAGUAUUUGUAGUAAAAUUUUCUAUUAUUGCUUUUUGCAAUUGGUCAUGCAAACAGGAUUUGAUCUGUAAUGUCAAAUAUGCAGUUGCUAAUUAUAUCUGCCCUUAUGUUCAUGGCUUAGAGUUAAAGAUCAUUAUAGCCUCCCAUGAUAUGACUGUUAAUUUGCAUUAUUCAUUAGUUUGAGAGGUUAAGGAAAGAUCUACUAAGAGAAUAUUCUUCUGUCUCUGACCCCAGGAAUGUUGAAGAACAUUCAGUAAACUCAAAGUCAGGGCUUUCCAAAUGUUUUUCCUUUUAACAAAAACAUGUCAGUUGUUUUUUUUUAAAUAAGAUACAAAAUAUUUUUAUCUCGUGGCACUAGGUAACUUAAGCUGUGUUUUUGCAUUAAAUUACAUUUCUUUAAAUAGUAGGAACAAAACAAACUGUCCUUGCUGAAAGGAUUUUUAAACAGUGGUGCCCCUGUAGUUACAAGAAACGUGUUACACUUCUAAUUACAGAAGCUAUGACAUAUAACAUUGUUCCUGCAUUUAAUAGAAUGUGAUGGAAUUUUUUCUACAAAACCUUGUGAUUUUUAGUACAAUGAUAUUUUAUAAAUAUAAUGUCUGAUUUGAAAUGUAAAUUGCAUAGCUCUCUAAUGGAUGCUUGGUAAAUGCACAAGAGAUUUAGCUUUGAUUCUCAGGUACCUCUGAUGCAAUGGAGACGUGCUGGGUUUUUCCUCCCUGUGACACAACUGGAAUGUGAAGGAGCUCUCUCAUGAAUGCUUUACCUCUGUGUGGUAGCAUAUAUUGUCAUUGCUCUUACAGUUUCAAUUUGGGAAUGUCUUCGUUCUGACUUUCUUCUUGUAAGAACCACAUAUGCUUUAGAAAAAUAAUGUCGAGCAUUUCUUCGAUUGCCACUAGAUGGUUAAAGAACUGUGAUUACCCAGGCCUGCAAAACAGGAAAUGAAUACCACGUGUUGCUCUGUCAAACAGUUGAACUAAUUCCUGUAAUCCUUUGAGACAACCAAUGAUUUCUUCUGUGUGUGCAAUUGAGGUUUUGGGUCUGUUUGGUUUUUAUAUAUGAAGGAAAUCAUGAUAAUUUGGCAAAAGCUACAGAAGCAAGCCUUUGCUUUUAGAGUUUUGGUGAGUCUUGCCUAGUUUGAUAAAGCAGUGUGCUGCACUUCAGAACAAAGGGAAGAAAGGAUUUCAGGGGUUUUUGGCCACUUUAUGUUGGGUUUCAGUCACGCUGAAAAUGUGUUCUCUACAAGGGACUGCUGCAGAUGCGGUGCUGGUUCAGCAAGGGAUGGAAAUACCACAUCUGUAACAAAGUCCGGGGCACAUGAAUGCUCCUGGAGGCACUGAGGGCUUGCUCUUAGGCUUUUUCAGCCUUCAUUGCAUCCUGCUCCUUGGCUUCUGGCCUCUGGGAAUGCCUGUAAGGGGUGGGGGAUGUAGGACCAUACUGGUCAGGGGCUGUAGGACAGGACUGGCGUGGCUGGCCACAGAGCGGUGCUGCAGGGAUGCACACAGACUCAGAAGCUGGCAGCUGAGGCACAGCCUGGGUGUCCCUGUGGGUGUUUUGUGGAAAUGGGGUGUUAAGCAGGGCUGUUUUUCAACCCAGGGAGCUGCAGGUUAUUCUUGGUCUAUUCGUGGCAGACCUCAGUGGAAUGUUCUAACAAAACCAGGAGAGCCUGCAAAUUGCUUUUCUUGGUGUGUGCUGUAAUUGUCAUUCCUGUCACAAUACUUGUGCCUAGGUACUGCUAUUCACAGCUGUGAUGGCUUUAAAUAAGGUGGCAAAAUGAUUUAUUCGUAGUUCUUGUUUCCUUUUCUCUUAGUGUUGAAUGUUGUCUUUCCUAUUCCCUACUAAAAGAUCUUCCUAUCUUAGGGAAAUUAUGUUGCUGAGCUAAACUAAGCAUUCAGAGGACAGGGAAAACCAGUUAAAUUUUGGAGAUAGGCUGAGUCUAUGGACACACUUUGAAUUUCAUAUGGAAAUAGGCCUCAGAAAGGCAGAGUGUAAAUGAAGUGAAGAACUGGCAUGCUCAAAAAUCAAGAAGCAAACUGAUGUGAGUAUCACAAUGUUGGGUUAUAUGGCUUACUGUAGGAUGGUACUUUGAAUCAGUUUCCUUUACUUGGGAUAAAUUUUGAGUUAGUUACCAUUUCUGUUCUGGCUGUCACAUGCAGUUCCUGCGAUUUAAUAGUUAUAACUCCAGUAGCAUUUCUGUGAUUCAUGAACUGUUGUUAUGCAUUUCUUUCCCUAUCUAAUCCAUAAUUUCAUUAAUACUGUAUUUUGUUUUACAUGAUCAUUGCAGGGCAUGAUUUCUCAGGGAAAUACAGAUGAUACCAUACAUUGUGAGAGCUGAUAACUAAUUCCUGCUUUUAAAAUCGCUACAAACAUUUCCAGGGUUCACUCAAACAUUUCACAUCAUGUAACUUCCAUAUUGAAUUUCCUUAGGCUUAUCAGGUAAAUUACGAUGAGAAUGUUAAGAGCAUUUAAAGAUGUCAAUAAAAUUUACUCUGCCCAACACUUUGUUACUUUUUGGAGAAACAUCUGUUCUAAGGUGAUGCUGAAAUGUGUGUGAUUUUCUACUUUAUUGUCCUCUUUGCCAUAGAAAUGAAUAAUUAUUCUUCUGAUUUUGAAGCUGCACUUCUGGCAUGACAGUGUCAUUAACUUUCAGGGUUAGGCAGUGCUGUAAUAAUACAUAAUCUGAUUCUGGGAUAGAUCAGUAUAAAUUUCUAACAUAAAUAUAUUCAUUUAUAUCAUAAAAUUUUUACGAAGCCUCAUCACUUUGAGGGAUUUUUUGUUUGUUUUUCCAGUAAAGUUACUUUGGCUAGAAUGGGAUUUGAUCCAAAGCCCACAAGAGUCAUAGACAGCAUUAAUAAAGUAAAACUUUAUUGAAAAGAACUCUGCAGUCAGGUUGACCUUUAUGCCUUUGCAGUAUUUCUGUCUGCAGCAUGUAUUUGGAGUGGUUUGCUUUAAGACCUCAGUAAUAUAGGUGGAGGGAUUUUAGUGCUGGUAAAGAUGGUAAACACACCACUGUUACUGGUCACAAAACAUAUUUCCACAUAGCCAGUCUGCAGCUUAAUUAUUUAGAAGAUGGAUGUGUCUUGCUACAUGAUGUUUGUUUAAAAUCAGCAUCAUCAGAAAUAUUAACCCCUGCACUUUGCUGUACACUUCAUUUGUCCAUAGUGAGAACAUGUGAUCAUAGUCACCAGCCUUGAGCGUCAGCUUCCUCUUGAUGAUUUCUGCUUUGACAUUUCCAUUUCCAUGCCCUGUUGCAUUCAUUGCAAAGUGAAUUUCCUCUCUAGGUAAAGCCAGUGUAAUUGUAUUUUGAGUGCCCUAGUCCUCUGUGGUGUUAGAAAUCUGACAUAAAGCAUAAAUCUGACGUGUAAUGUGACUACUUAGAGAUCUGUGUUCUCACUCUUGUCAUUACAUCUGGUAUUAGUAGGUAACCAGACCUUUUCUGGAUAUGCCUGUCAUGAUAUGGAAUGCAUCCAGAAUUUCAUCUGGCUUUCACUUCCUACUUCUAAAAAGCAUAAAGAGCUUUUCUCUGAGGAUUUUUGUAGAAAGCAGCUGUUUAGUUCUUCAAGUUCAGAGUCCUUUAACUGCAUCUCAAUUUAUAAAGUUGCAUCCAGUGCUCCCUUUCUUUUAUUAAUGAACUUCUGAAGGUUUUUUCAGGGAAGGUGCACAAAUUUUCCUUAUGUUCUACAUAAGAAAUAUGACUGGAUACUGAAAUGGCCUCAGAAACAAAAAUUCAGGUCUGUUUAUUCUAUAGUUCUUUAUAUGUUCAUAUAAAAAUAUGAAUUUUUACCCACCUUUUUUUUUUAAGAAACCCAACCAAAUAAAACCAAUCACAACCCCACACUUACCAAGCUGAGGGGAAUUAACCAUUUAGCACAGAACUAAUAAUAUGCAAAUGUUUGUAUGUUGAUCAAUGAUACAAGUCAAUGUGUUACUGAUGUUGCCAGUCCUCAAGUCUUCCUUGUCUGUGUCACAGGUGCUGCUUCUCUACCUAAAUCUGACCUCUUGCAUAUCAACCAAGUUAGUUCCACUGCCAGAAUGAAUGAUUUCUAAAAUAUUUUAGAAUCUACUUACUUUUUUCUUCAGCUAGGGGAACAGCGGGGUCUUCCCAACCAAACAGUGUCACUUUCUUGUUAGAGAAGAAAAAAAAAAACUACUACAAAAAUUUAAAACAAAAAUGUGAAUUGAAAAUCAGGAAUAUUAGUAGGAAAGCAGGAAGCAUAUGCUAUAAAAUCAUUUGGGUUAUUUCUUGCAUGGCCCAAUUCCACACAGGAAGUGCUUGGGCAGUAGUUUAUUGGAUUGAUCUCUGGCUGAUAUUGAUCCCAUGUAGAAAGUAGGUAUUUUAAAUAAUCAUUUCAUAUUGAAGCUGAAGGCUUAAAUUAAGCCCUGUGAUUGCUUAAAAAAAAAAAAAAAAAGGAAAAAAAGUAUAUUUGGAGACUUUGGAGAUAUUUUUUGUUUGUUGUUUGGUUUUUUUGAAGUCCAUCCAAUGCAGUUACAAAGGAAUUCCCUGUCAAUUUGCACUCACACAGGCUGUUUACACAAGGCUACAUGGAAAGGGUAGCCAGGUGUUGAUGUUAUCUGAAUGGAAUUAGAGAAAUGUACUAAGUACGAGGUACAACUUCAGCAUUGUGGAGCUCAGGGGGUGUUUGUAAUGAUUUAAAACUUGCGUAAGGUCUCUUUGGAGUAGAGUAAAACAAAAUUGAUUGAAUGAAACCUUGAGUUAUAAAACCCCUGAAACCUGAGUGAAUUAAAAGAUGCACAAAACCAGUCAUAGUUCUGAUGGUUGUUCUGGCAUAGCAUUUUGUACUGAGUUUUGGGGAAUUCUCAGUUACACUUCUCAAGUGGAAGCUGCUUUAACUGAAGAGCUUUCACCUGAAGAAAACUUUUUUCCCCCCUGAAGUCUGUAGUUUGCCGAUAAUUCAGAUCUUCUGAGAGCACAGCAAAUUCCAGAUAUCCAAGUAUCCUCUAUGAAACAUCUUUAUGCAUCAUCUUUUAACCAUUUUCCUUAGUGAAAGCAGAACAUGAAUUGCUGAUGUGUGUUGCAUUUGCACUUGAAAACCUGAUUUCAGAGUGUGUUAAACCUUGAUCUAUUUUUGAUAGAAAAGAAAUGUAGCAUUUUAAUCUAAUUUCCAUUUAAUGCCAAGGAUAUUCAUGCAGUGAAAAACAUAUAUCAGGGUUUGAUGCAGUGAUUUUUAAGCCAAGAAAACAGCAGGAUGGCAGUGGUAAAUCUGAAAUGAAGAUGCAUAUCUCUUCAGAAACUCUGGUUUCCUCCUGCCCUCUUUAUACCAAAUCUUGUUUCCAUUCUUCCAGGACAAUACAGGUGAAGCAAGAACCAGAGCUUUUACCCUUUGUUCUCUGAAAGUGAGCACUGGCUUUUGCCUGGGGUGUCUUUGUCCUGUCACUUAAUUUUCUGAUGGGAGGUCGGUUAAAGAAAAAAUAUAGAAUAAGUAUUUUUAAUUAAAAUCAGAUUUAAGCUAUUAAUUAUUUUGAAAUUCUCUACAUUAAUAGAGAUCUAAUGAAUGGAGAUUGAAGUCCUAUAUUGAAAAUACUGAACAGUGCUUAUAUAUUUUUAACAAAACCAGUAUAUAUAUGAAUAUUUGAAACAUGCAUGAAGGUGGAAAUUGGAAGAUUGGAAGAUUGUUUUUAUGUUAACAUGUUUAUAAAUUGAAAUUCUUAAUAUCCAGUACCAAAACCCUGUAAAAGGGCUAAUGAAAAUGUAAUGUAUUCUGAUUAACAGCCUGUGUAAUACAAUCAAUGGGUGUGGUGUUUUUGUUCUGUAUUAUAUUUAUUAUAUGUAAGUAAACAAUAAAUAUUAUAAAUCUUA